UCCAGAAGACCAUGUCCGCCGUCACAGGAGAGCCGUCCUCACCUCUGCUCUCGUUUAAAACUCAUUCUCCAUGAAAUAACAGGAACGCGCGGCCUCCAGCAUGGCCAACUCGGGUGCUGUUCAGGUGAAAUUAGAACUUGGUCACCGUGCCCAAGUGAGAAAGAAACCCACAGUGGAAGGCUUUACCCACGACUGGAUGGUGUUUGUCCGAGGACCAGACCACGGCAACAUUCAGCACUUUGUGGAGAAAGUAGUUUUUCACCUGCACGAAAGUUUCCCUAAGCCAAAAAGAGUGUGCAAGGAUCCGCCGUACAAAGUGGAGGAGUCCGGAUACGCAGGCUUCAUCUUGCCUAUUGAAGUUUACUUCAAAAACAAGGAAGAACCCAAGAAAGUUCGCUUUGACUACGACCUGUUCCUCCACCUGGACGGCCACCCGCCUGUCAAUCACCUCCGCUGUGAGAAGCUCACCUUCAACAACCCAACAGAGGAGUUUCGUAGAAAGCUGCUGAAAGCAGGAGGGCAACGGGAUCCUCACAAACGAAGUUCAGAAGACUCAAAAGUGAUGGUAAUGCAGGAAGGCUCCACCUCGCUGUUCGGCCAGCACCUGAAGCUGCCUACACUUCCCAACAGCUCGCUGACGUCCAACUUCUCCGACCCGAAGAAGAGUAAAAGCUUCCUCGGGUCAAAGGAUGGCUCCAAAGGAAGUGGGACGACGCUUCUCACCACUGCCACAACCACCAGCACCAACAGCAGCAGCUUCUCCAAACUAUACAAACCAUCCAAGGACCACAAAGACAAGCCUCCGAAAGACUUGAAAGAGCCCAAAAGUGCCUUCAGAGACUCUGGCUGGGAGACCAGCAAAGCCCCCAAAGAACCUUCCAGGAAACCCAAAGAGAACCAGCCACUUAGAGAUCCUAAGAUGGGCUUCAAGGAACCCAAGUCUCUGUCCAAGGAGCAUCGAACUGAGGGUAUCACGCAUGGGUCGGGGAUAAACAAACGUCUGUCCACCCUCGACACUGACGAUCACAUGGCCAAAAAACGCAAAAAGGGAUUUGUGGAUUCAUCGGGGAAGCAGACGUCGGUUCCCGAUGCUCCACAUCCGGACAAGAAACUUUUGAAGGAUAGAUCGCAAAUGCGAACGCUCAAAUCGCGGUCAGAAGGCGAGGACGUGGAGCGCAAGAAGGUGCCGGCGCUUCCUCCAUUCCAGGAACUCGUGGAUCCCAAUGACUCUGAUAUGGAGGACCAAUCCAACAAGUCAGAUUCCGAACAGCCGAGUCCAGCCAGCUCCAGCUCCAGUUCAGGCUUUGCUCCCACCCACCACAAACGACAAGUUGUGGACUUCAUCAUCAGGAAACGGGUGGCUCUCCCUGCCCCCACCCACACAGUGUUGGGCCCGCUGCAGUCAGUCUUGCAGGACCUUCACUCCGACGACCACGACGAGGACUCGGAGGACGACGAUGACAAUGACAUGGACUCGGACAUGGAGCGACUGGCGCACACACACAUCACACAUCACCAGCGCAGGGUCAGUUUAAGUGACGGCAGUGAGAGUGACAGCUCCUCGCCUUCACCCCCCUCCCGCAACGAAGCUCCACCCUUAUUAAAGACUACUAACAACCAGAUCCUGGAAGUGAAGAGUCCCACCAAGCAGAGCAAACAGGACAAGAGCAAAAACCUAGACUGUGAUAAGGCUUACCUGGACGAGCUGGUGGAGCUGCACAAAAGACUCAUGACACUAAGAGAAGGUCACAUACUGCAACAGAUCGUGAACCUGAUCGAAGAGACGGGACACUUUCACAUCACAAACACUACAUUUGAUUUCGACCUUUGCUCCUUGGACAGAAGUACAGUCAGGAAACUCCAGAGUUACCUGGAAACCUCCGGCCUGUCCUGAGGCCCUGAGCAGCAGCUGGCUGCUGGAUCUCUGUCGCCACUUUUGAUUUUUCUGACGUUUCUUGAAUUAAAAAAAAAAACAAACAAACAAAAAAAAACAACUCCUUUUGGAUGCAAUGCAAAACGCCUCCCGCUCUGGCUGGGUCCAGCUACUGUGUGUGUGUGUGUGUGUGUGUGUGUCCAGCUCCUGCUUGUUGGAACGGGGCUCUCUGAGCGAAGAGCUCGUCCCACUGCAGAGAGCAGAGCCAGGAGUGGUGGGAAUGAGCGCGGUGGAUCAGGAGAUCACCUAGAAAGCCUUGAAAAAAAAAAAAAAAGGGAGUGUGGAGUGGCGAGACCGUGUUGCUCUUAAUGAAUGUGCAUAUUGUUACCAUGUAUGUUCCUUGAUUUGUUGUACAUUGUGACAAAUGCAUGGUCAGCGUUGCCUUACAAACAAAUUGUCUUAUUUAUUGAAUUUAAUUUGCAGGCGUGUGUGUGUGUGUGUGUUUGAAAUGGCGAAAAAAAUGAAAAGCAGCAGAAUCAGACUUUUGUUAAAGCACUUCAUAACACGUACAGUACCACAUCAUGGAUAUAUCACUCAACAUGUUACGGACUUGAAUUAAAACCAAAUCAGACUGGGGAGCAAAAAAAAAAACAAACUGCCGCAGCAGGUGUGAUUUUUCUUUUCCAAUUCUGUCAUGUGUAACGGUGAAAGACAUUUUUCAAUUUGCAUUAUGGCCUCUCUGCAACAGUGAGAAAAUAUAGAAACAUGAUCGGGCGAUAACCCGGUCCUGUUGUAGCUCCGUCUCUCAAAAAAAAACCAAAAACACAAUUUAUUCAUUUUUUUGUAGCCUUUUCUUUUGGGUUUUUUGAAAGAUGGCGUAUAAGAUCGGGGUUAAAGCCUGACCUUUGGUGACGUAUAAUAUUUAUGUUUGGAACAGAAGGUUGCUGUUGAACUGCAUAUUUAUUUGAAGAUGUCAUCGGCAAAGAUCGGGCUACAAAAAAAAACGGAACAGGAAGAAUCGCCGAAUAAUGAUUUAUGAACUCUUAUCCUGUGGUUUAUUGAUAAUGAACUCUACAAAGACCAUGCAAGGUCGCGGUUUACACGUUCCAAUGUGGACGACCACGCACAUUUCCAAUAACUCGCUGUAAAGUGGACAUUUUCGUCUCGGUGAAUGAUUUUCAGUUCGAAUGCGUUUUGUUAUAUACGGGGCUUUAAAACCCCACCUUUUCUUAAAUGUCCUUUCAAAGAACACAAAUGUGUAUUUCAAUCGUUGAAUUCACUGGAACGGGACUCGUGAAACUCAUCUGACCUUUCUUUUCCGAACGCAAUGACGCUGCUUCAUUUCUGCUGACUCAUUCUCUGCUACUGGUGUCAAAAGUCAAAUCAGGGGAUUCACUAUAGUUCACUCAUGUUCAUCUACGGAAUACGAUUUAGAUGAAAUCCUAUCUUUGCCUUUGGGGGAAGAAAUGACUCAGCAUUUCUGAAAAGUCUGAAAAGGAGUUUUAAAAAAAAAAAAAUAAUGACUGACGGGUUCUGUUACGGGUCUUUAGAAGAUAAAAACAAGGUAUUUUAUUUAUUGUGUUAAAGUUUCAGUCGCUCAAUCAAAUCUCAAGCGCAAACCUUCAACAGAGGACAAACGGGUGGUCCUUUCCAAAUGACCUUAAAGGGGUUUUACCCUGUCUUAUAGUUUCUUGUGUACUUUGAGGACAUACAAUAAAUAUACUGUAUGAUGUACAGAUGAGUUGCUAA